AUGACCAGUCAACAGCAAGCCCUCGAGGGAUUCUUCGAUGCCGUCGAACAAACUGGCGAAGAACAGAGUGAAGCUCUCACCGAGUCGACGAUACCAACCUUCGGUAUUGAGGAUGGACGUGGUAAUCCCAACUUGACGCUGGAUGAAUCCAGCUUUGAAUUCAUCCAAUGUCCAACCAUGAUGACCACAGGUGACUUUUUUCGUUCCCAACAGGAUGAAGGACUCCAGCACCAAUAUUUUGAUGAAGUCAUCUCUGUGGUAGAGAACAAGCUGGGAUGUGAGAAAGUCGUGUGUCUCAAUAUGCAAAUUCAUGAUAAUGCUGGUCCCAAGUUGGAUUCGGAACAACUUCAAGGCAUGGACGAUCUCUAUGCCUUUUCCAAGCCACAGACCUCCACUUCCAGUCGAGUCAGUGAUGAAAUGGCAGUCUCACUAGCAGGAAAGGAUCACCGAUACCAACGAUACAGUGUUAUGAGUCUCUGGCGCUUCAUUGAAGAUGAAGAAGAACAAAAUCUUGGGCAAUACCAGCAAUUGGCCCUCAUGGACGAGCGUUCAUCCGUGAAACCAGACGAUUACAUUAUUGCCAGAGAUAAUAAAAGGGAACAUCGACGAGACGGGAAAUCUUCCGUGGAAGGAUACUACACCUUGAAUUCAAGGCAUGCGAACUGUCACAAGUGGUACUACUUUCCGAACAUGGAAAUGGACAGCGAAGCCAUCUUGAUCAAACAAAUGGACAGUGAUUGGUCGAAUCCAGGUCGCAUGUGCUUCCGAAUGGGCGUACCAGAUCCAAGACAUGAGAUUGCGGCUCCUGAAUACAUUGCCCGCAGAGCCGCUGAAGUUCGCAUGAUUUGCUUUUGGGAAAACCCGCCCAGUGGAAUCAACAGCAUGCCAACUCUACGAGACAUCAUGCCCCAUCAUUCCGCCAACGAAUCCAACAGCAGCACGACUGGUGAUCGAUCCUCGUGGUUGGACAAGAUGAUGUAUGGGGAUAGCAAAGUCCAUGGAUGGUUGGACAAGAUUGAAUCCAUGUCUGCUGGAUUCAUGGAAGGUACCGAGAAGAUGACUCUUGCUGGUCUUGUCUCGAGAGCCGCCAGUUGUCAAGGAGGAAGCGCUGCUCCCAUGCCUCUGAACCUGGACGACGAUGGCAAAUUACCAGCAGAGGGAGGAUACUUUGGUCGUUACACCAAGGAAUACUCGGACAAGUACGAAGACGAAUACCGUCGCAUGUACUUGCCCAAGUUUUUGGAAGUUGUGGAUUCCUAUCCAUCCUGGCCACCGUCGUCGAAGAGUUGGGCCCGCCAGCAAAUGCGCAAUUUUGGACACCGCGAGGUGGACCGCGGGAUUGCCGAAAUCACUUGUGUCAUUGUGGACGACAGUAUGGGAAUGGUUGGUACCAAGAACUUUCCAGUCUCCAAGAAGAAGAAGAUAAUUGAUUUCUUGAUUCGUAACGAGACGUACAUGUAUGCCGCCAUGGCGCAAUGGGCGCCAUUGGCCUACGAAAUCCCAAUUGUGAAUCAUCAUCAUCAUCAUCAUCAUCCUACUGGUCCUGUCGUCAAACCCAUGGGCCAACCCCCACUGGAAGUAGGUCAAGUCGAACAAAACGCUGGCAUGAUCAUGGAUUAUCAGGUUAUCGUCGAAGGACGUGACGAUCAGCCACAGCCAAUAAGUCGAGGCAAGUCCCCCAAAUCCAGCACAGUUGCGUCGGGCAGUCGCCACCGAAUCAAGUCUCGAAGCAGAUAUGGUGGCAAGAUGAUGACUCAUCCUGAAGGAGGAGGAGGAGGAGUAGACGAGUCCAGUACCGAUCCUAGUAGUACUAGCUACGAAAGCAGCAAAUUGAAUCGAAGCCGUCGUCUUCAUGAAGAAUACAGCCAAGUGAUGGAACGCCGCCUCUUUCAAAGUCGAUCGGUGGCUUCGAAUAACAACAAUGACGAGUCUACCGAAUCCUACGACGAAGACGAAUCGGAACUCUUGCGGUAUUCGGAACAACGAGAUGGGGUAUCCCGACGACCACCAGUACCAUCAUACGGGGGAUUAGAAGAGUAUCACGAGCCAAGGACCACAAUUUCUACUCCUACUACUACUGGCAGUCCCGAGAACCCAGAAUGUUACACUGAAUCCAGUCCUGUGGGUUCACUAGCGUAUUCCAUGGAGAGUCGUCUCCUAUACGCUGGUAACAAGUAUCGUGGUGAUCGUGUUGCUGUUGAUGAUCGUGUUGCUGUUGAUGAUCGUGGAUACGAGGAAGAGGGCGAGUCAUCUCUUGGCAGCAGUUACACCCACUUUCAUCAACGAGAGUCUUCCUUUCGUCAACAACCACGCAAUCAUUAUCAUCAUCAGCAUCGUCGCCUUGACAUGGAGGAGGAGCAGCCACAAAUAAUGUACACGUACAAUGUGAAUGCACCCUAUACCAAGAGUCACCAUCAUCAUCGUCAGACGGUCCGAUCGUCUUGGGAGGAACCAAGCGAACCAUCUUUGUGA